UGGCUUGGAGCUUGACUUCGAUACGCACUGUAAGCAGCAGUGGGACGAAUAGUGAACGCAAAGUGGAACGCGCAACACGUGUGCCAAUUGAAAUUGAAAACAAAUUGAGGCACAAUUUAAAGACGCAGCCGCAACAAGAACACACGGACAAUGUCAACCACAACGACAUCGAUUGACGGCUACAAGCUGGGCAAGGUGAUCAUCGAGGGCAAAACGAAGCAGGUCUACAAUCUGCCCGAGCAUCCUGGCCUCUGUCUGCUGCUCAGCAAGGAUCGCAUCACCGCCGGCGAUGGCGUCAAGGCCCACGAUUUGGCUGGCAAGGCACAGAUCUCCAACACUACCAAUGGCCAGGUAUUUCGCCUGCUCAACGAGGCCGGCGUUCGCACUGCAUAUGUUAAGCAGUGCGGCGAGAAGGCGUUCAUUGCCCGCAGAUGCGAAAUGAUUCCAAUCGAGUGGGUUACGCGCCGCCUGGCAACCGGCUCCUUUCUCAAGCGCAAUGUGGGCGUGCCCGAGGGCUACAGAUUCUCGCCCCCUAAGCAGGAGACUUUCUUCAAGGACGACGCCAAUCACGAUCCCCAGUGGAGCGAUGAGCAAAUCAUUUCGGCCAAAUUCGAGCUUAACGGUCUAACGAUUGGUCAGGAUGAGGUGGACAUUAUGCGACGCACCACGCUGCUCGUCUUCGAGAUCCUGGAGCGUGCCUGGCAGACGAAGAACUGUGCGCUCAUCGACAUGAAGGUGGAGUUCGGCGUGGAUGACGAUGGCAACAUUGUGCUGGCCGAUAUCAUAGACUCCGAUUCGUGGCGCCUUUGGCCAGCGGGCGACAAGCGUCUGAUGGUUGACAAGCAGGUCUAUCGCAACCUGACAUCGGUCACCAGCACCGAUCUGGACACGGUCAAGCGCAACUUCAUCUGGGUGUCGGAGCAAUUGGCCGAUAUUGUGCCCCGCAAGGAUCACUUGGUUGUCAUCCUGAUGGGCAGCGCUUCGGAUACAUCGCACAGCGAGAAGAUUGCCACCAGCUGCCGCUCGCUCGGCCUCAAUGUGGAGCUGCGCGUCAGCUCGGCCCACAAGGCCCCGGAGGAAACUCUGCGCAUUGUCCGCGAGUACGAAUCGGUGAUGACGAAUCUGAUCUUUGUGGCCGUCGCCGGUCGUUCCAAUGGCCUGGGCCCCGUCCUCUCCGGCAGCACCAACUAUCCGGUGAUCAACUGUCCGCCCGUCAAGUCGGACAAUAUGCAGGUGGACGCCUGGUCGAGCUUGAAUCUGCCGUCGGGUCUGGGCUGUGCCACUGUGCUCUAUCCGGAGGCAGCGGCGCUGCACGCGGCCACCAUUCUGGGCCUCAGCAACUUCAUGAUCUGGUCCAAGCUGCGCGUGAAGCAGCUUAACAAUUUCGUGACCCUAAAGAAGGCCGACAAGGAGCUGCGCGGCGUACGCAAUGUUUGAUGCGGAACGGGCUCUU